CAUGACGUCACCGGGGUUGUUUGGAUGAAGAAAAAGAUACGAGCUAUUGAAUAAUUUCCGAAAUACACCGGCUCGGGGGCGGCUUUAUGAUAACCCUUGACAUUUUAAGGUUUUGAACCAUGUCUACCCCGGCUCGAAGACGACUUAUGAGAGACUUCAAAAGGCUUCAAGAAGACCCUCCGACUGGUGUUAGUGGCGCUCCAUCAGAAAACAAUAUCAUGCUGUGGAAUGCAGUUAUUUUUGGACCUGUUGGGACCCCAUUUGAAGAUGGAACUUUUAAGCUUGUAAUAGAGUUUUCAGAAGAGUACCCAAACAAGCCCCCCACAGUUCGAUUCAUCUCUAAAAUGUUCCAUCCAAAUGUUUAUGCAGAUGGAAGUAUAUGUUUAGACAUCCUUCAGAAUCGCUGGAGCCCUACAUAUGAUGUAUCGUCCAUUCUGACGUCUAUCCAGUCCCUUUUGGAUGAACCGAAUCCCAACAGCCCUGCGAACAGCCAGGCUGCACAGCUUUACCAGGAGAACAAGCGGGAAUAUGAGAAGCGCGUGUCUGCCAUCGUUGAGCAGAGCUGGAGUGACCCAUAACACCGAAAACAUGCACUCCCCUCGUCACUGUUAUCGAAUCCUGCUUUUCUUUUACCUCAUCAAGAAAGAAAAUCAAUAACUGAGGAACAAUUAAGUGCCACCAUUCGGGGAAAUUAAAAUACAGUAGGGACUUUUACUUGCUUGCCAACACGUUUGAAGAAACCGACCUUUGAAGUUUGUGUUGUUCAUUUUUUUUAUUGCAUGAUGUGAAAUAAGUUAUUGCUAACAGAAUUUGUAAUAUCUUUUUGUUGGAAUCAUGUUACUGUUCAGUUUCUUUUAAUUUUAAUAACAUUUUCUUGGUUUUAACAACUGUUUUGGUUACAGUAUUUCUUGUCCCAUUCGUAAAGUGACAGAUAUCAAAUUGUUGCUGAGAAAGAAUUGAAAUUUUACAGUAUCGGUCUUGUAACAGACACAUAAAUUGAUGUCAUCUACGUUUAGUGA